AUGGCGUCACAGACAGAGAGGGAGCUCACCUGUCCGGUGUGCCAUGACAUCUUUAAUGAUCCUGUGGUUCUGUCCUGCAGCCACAGCUUCUGUAGAGACUGUCUGCAGAGCUGGUGGAGAGAGAAAGUCAUCAACGAGUGCCCGAUCUGUAAGGGAGUAGCUUUGAGGAGAGAUCCACCUCGUAACCUGGCUUUGAAGAACCUGUGUGAGGCCUUCCUACAGGAGAGGGAUCAGAGACCUCCAGCGGAGUCCGACGCUCUCUGCGGUCUGCACUCUGAGAGACUCCAGCUCUUCUGUUUGAACCAUCAGGAGCCGGUGUGUCUCGUCUGCCUUCAUUCGGAUAUUCAUGCUGGACACAAAACCAGAGCCAUUAGAGACGUUGCUCGGGAUCACAAAGUGGAGCUCCGCAAAAUCUUGAAGCCCGUGAGAGAGAAGCUGAAGGUCUUUGAAGGAGUGAGAGGAAACUGUGUUCAAACAGCAGAACACAUUAAAGCCCAGGGAAGAGACACAGAGAGGUGGAUCAAGGAGCAGUUUGUGAAGCUUCACCAGUUUCUACGAGAGGAAGAGGAGGCCAGGAUCUCUGCUCUGAGGGACGAAGAGGAGCAGAAGAGUCGUGUGAUGAAGGAGAAGAUCGAGGGUCUGAGCAGAGAGAUAGCAGCUCUUUCAGAAACCAUCAGAGUCACAGAGGAGAAGAUGAAAGCUGACGACGUCUCGUUUAUGCAAAGCUACAAAUCCUCAGUUAGAAGAGUCCAGCAGCGCCCCCUGCAGGAGGAUCCAGUGCUGGUCCCAGGAGCUCUGAUAGACGAGGCCAAACACCUGGGCAACCUGACCUCUCAAGUCCACUCCAAGAUGAAGAACAUGGUCUCCUUCUCUCGUGUGAUUCUGGAUCCGAACUCUGCUCAUCCAGAACUCGUCCUGUCUGCAGAUAAAACCAGCGUUCGAUGUGGAGAGAUACAGAGGCUUCCUAACAACCCGGAGAGGUUCAAUUCCUGGAACUCUGUCCUGGGCUCUGAAGGCUACGACUCGGGGACUCACAGCUGGAGUGUUUGGGUGGAAAACAGUCCAGCAUGGAUUCUGGGUGUAGCAGCAGAAUCAGUCCGAAGGAAGGGGGACAUGGCCUUGAGGUCCGGAUUAUGGAGAAUCCUGUUUUGUAAAGAUAGGUGCACAGCAUGGUCUCCAACAGGACCCGAGGAGGAAACAGAAGCUCUUCUCUCAGUGAAGAACCUCCGCCUGAUCAGGGUCGAACUGGACUGUUGCAUCAUGGGUAGCAUGUGGGCUGUUGGAGGUGACGACGGCCCCGCAGAGAGCUUCAGGUUGGGUCUGUCGGCUGCUCGGGAGAUUUCACCUGCUGCUGUAAUCACUAUCGACAUCAGCAGCAGCUUCCCCCGGUCCUGCUGA